UCAGACCGGAUCGCGUCGACUGUCGGACCGGAGCCGGACCGGACUGUCCUGGGUUCGGUGGAGAUGCUGUGGUCGUCCUCGCGCAGAUGGGUUCGGGAGCAGCCCGUCAGCUCCGGGACCGGGUGUGUCAGGCGUGUGUUGUGUACCAGGCGUCACUCUCUGUGGAUCCUCCUCAUUCUGCUCCUGGUCUGCAUCGCCUUUCAAACCUUUGUCGCCCGCCAGGCCAGGACUGAUAAAGUGCCAGGACUUCCACAUCUGGGCUUCACUGUGAACCAGCAGCAGAACCUGUGGGGGGGGUUGGGUGUCCAGAACCUGUGGGGGGGGUUGGGCGUCCAGAACCCCAGGUCACUGCACACAGAGACGGCGUCCCGUGUCCACAUCCAGACCGUGGACAACAGACACAUGUCCAACGGACACCAAACGGACUACCUAGUCACCGGUUCCUCCCAGGAGACCAGAAGCAUUCCAGCCUUUGAGCCCCAACACCAGAACCAGCUGAGCCUGGACUCUACCUUCAGGACAGAUCCACCUGCUGAACCUGAACCCCAGCCCCAGCCCCCCCACAGCCCCAGUCCAUCCAGGUCCCCCAGAGUCCACCUGGACUCUACCUUCAGGACAGAGCCACCUGCUGAACCUGAACCCCAGCCCCAGCCCCCCCACAGCCCCAGUCCAUCCAGGUCCCCCAGCGUCCACCUGGACUCUACCUUCAGGACAGAUCCACCUGCUGAACCUGAACCCCAGCCCCCCCACAGCCCCAGUCCAUCCAGGUCCCCCAGCGUCCACCAGGGGGACACCUGCCGGCCGCAGUCUCACAUCGUCUUCCUGAAGACACACAAAACGGCCAGCAGCACCAUCCUCAACAUCCUGUACCGCUACGGUGAGAGCCGGAACCGCACCUUCGCCCUCCCCCUGAACAAACACAGUCAGCUGUUCUACCCGUUCUUUUUCACCUCCCACUUCGUGGAGGGCAUCAACAGCCGCAGCGUCCAGGAGUUCCACAUCAUGUGCAACCACAUGAGGUUUAGAAAAUCUGAGGUGGAGAAGGUGAUGCCUGGGGAUUCCUUCUACUUUUCCAUCCUGAGGAAUCCUGUGGCCAUGAUGGAGUCCAUCUUCAUCUACUAUAAGAGCAUUCCUGCCUUCCAAAAGACCCCCAGCUUGAACGACUUCCUAAACGACUGCUGGACUCACUACAACUCCUCGGUCCCCAACAACCACUACGCUCACAACAUCUUGGCUUUUGAUUUCGGUUUCAACAACGACGUCACGGCUGACUCCGAAGACCUGGAGGAAAGAGUGAGCAGGGCCAUUGGCACCAUCGAACGAGACUUCCAUCUCAUUCUUAUUUCAGAAUACUUUGACGAGUCUAUGAUCUUGCUCAGACGCGCCCUCUGCUGGUCUCUGGAAGACAUCGUGUCCUUUAAGCUCAACAGUCGCAGUGAGCAAACUCGUCGCCAACUUUCACCAGAAACUGCAGAGAUGAUCAAGAGGUGGAACGCCUUAGAUUGGAGGAUAUACCUGCACUUUAACUCCACCUUCUGGCACAAAGUUGACACACUGAUUGGGCGUGAGCAGAUGAAGAAGGAUGUGACUGAGUUGAGAGAACUACAGACCAAGCUAGCAAACACCUGCCUCAAAGACGGUGGGGCGGUUGACCCGUCCAAGAUAAAGGACACGGGGUUAAAACCUUUCCAGUAUGGAGCAGCGAUCAUUCAGGGCUACAACCUCAACACAGACAUAGAUGAAGACACCAAGACUCGAUGUCAGAGACUGGUAACACCAGAGCUUCAGUACACAGACCGUCUGUACACUCAGCAGUUCCCUGAGCUUUCUGCCAAGCAACGACAAGCAACCAGGAUGAACCGGCAGCGCUCAGACCGACCACAGGCCAUGAGCCCGGGUUGGCCUCAAAACAGGCGCAUCAUCAGACGCAAAUAUAUGAUCCUCAAGAGCCAGAGUGGCCUUUCAACCCACAACGCACACAAUAAAACAAGUAUUCCAUGAGUGGUAA